AAUUAAGUAGACGACACUACCGCCACCUUUCCCAUUUUUCUCUCGAGACUCCAUGACCGAAUGGACGGAUAAAUCUUAUAUAAAAUUUUCUUUCGCUUUAAUAUAGCAAAAUUCUUAGUUUUUAGUAUUUUUCGUUAUGUGUGAAGUAUAGUUAAUGUUUAAUAUAUAGUGAGUUCAAUAAAAAAGACUUUUGCACUGGUGCGCAUCAUAUCAUAUAACGUGUAGGGCGUACAUCUUUUUGUGUAAAAAUGAUUGAAUUCACGAUAAAGACUUUAGAUUCUAAUAAUCACCAUUUUUCCGUCGAGGAUGAUAUCACAGUGCAGGCGCUUAAAGAAAAAGUUAGAGAUCAGAUAGGACUAGAUAUUAACUUGCAGCGUUUAAUAUUUUGUGGGAGAGUUUUACUGGACGAGAAACUACUUUCCGAAUAUGACGUUAACGGGAAGGUCGUCCAUUUGGUGCAGCGAGCCCCGCCAUGUCCAGAAUCUCGGAAUACAUCUACGAAUAGCGGAUCCGGAUCAAGCACACCACUUCCAGGCUUGACCGCGGAACCGAGUCCCGGUACACGACACGAAAUUAGGCGGCUCAUGGCGUUAAAUACACCAUCAGAAUAUGACGCGGAGCAGGAACAAGCUUUGACUCUUUCGCCAACCACCGGCCGUCUAGAGAUCAUUCGUCGUACAAUAGGAGAAAUAAAGGUCGCACUUGAUUGUCUGCGAGCUCAAUCCGAUGACGAGGAUUCCGAAGAAAAUGAUUCUCAAGAUGGCACCAGACGAGUUCGUCGUAGGACCAUAAGGGCGCUACGCACGCGACAUGCCCGCCCUCGCGACCUCGCUAAUCUCAUGGAAGAAUUAGACCGACUUCAUGCUGAAUUCAAUCCAUAUCGAACUACUUACUUGGACAUGCUGAAAGCUGCUAGUGAACCUGAGCCACCGGAAUACAACGAACAGGAGAGGGCCAGCUCUCAGCGCACUGUGGAUUUAGUCACAGACUUAAUGCACGGUUUCGCUCACGCUUAUCAUGCCAUUAGCGAUCUCUCUUUGCAAGUUGGAAGUUCGCGUCUUACAGCUGACAAUGCAUUGCGCCCUCAAGUGCAGCCUGUGGCACAGAUAAAUCUACAGGCUGGGUCUCGCCAGCAGGGAGCCACAGCGAACAGCACAGCUACCAGUGGUAGUGGUGAAGGAAAUGGGGGGCCCACUCCCACAACUCAGUCGUCUACCAACGCUGCACCAUCAGCUGAAGCUAAUACCGACGGGCAGGCGGCUCAAGCUAGUCAGCCUUCCGCACAAGCUGGUAGGAAUACUACCCAACCGACUGUCAAUAUAAACAUACAACCAGACCUCACAUACCAAGUAGAGAUAGAGACCAGUGUGCCCAUAGCAUUCCCUAUUGAGAAUGCCCUCUUUAAUGGGUUGACAAAUAUGGCUCCGAAUAACCAACAACAGCCAGAACAAAAUCAAACUCAACAGGGCCAACCCCAGAAUCAAGGCCAGCUAAACCAGGCCAACCGUCGUCAAGUAUUUUUUGAUUUUGAGCAUUUAUUCCGAGGAUUGGGCAACGCUGGCGGGAUCAGUGGUGUCGAACUUAUUAUGAGUAUGGAAGACCUUACACGGGGCGGCGUUCCCGUCAGUUUCGGGCCUAACACUGCUGCUGCUGUUGCAGCUGCUGCUGCAGCUGUUGCCAAUGCGUCUGGCAAUGCUACCAAUACAUCAGGCAAUGCUACCAAUGCAUCAAGAAAUGCUACCAAUGCAUCAGGCAAUGCUACCAAUGCAUCAGACAAUGCUAACGAUGCAUCAGGCAAUGCUACCAAUGGACCAGACAAUGCUACUGGUACCGACAGUAACGAUUCUUCUGACACUCAGCAAGCAUAUACAGUAAGAAACAGCGAUGGAACAGAAACUGGUGUGAAUUUGGGGCCUGUUACAAGAGUCACUGAGCACCCCAACCUCCUGCCAGGCAUUGCCCCAGGAUUGCCAACAGUUGAGGCUGGAGUAUAUCUUGCGCCCGUUACGUGGAAUGGACCACUGAAUGCCGAUGUACUACAGAAUAUCGUACAGUCGGUUGUACGACAGGGCUUAAUGGCUGGAGGCGAGGGGCCCGCGUCAAAUGCUUCAUCGCAGGCAAAUCCUCAGUCUCAGACUCAAUCAAAUGAACAAAACCAAACUGGUCAACCAACUGGACAGGAGUCAAAUCAAUCCCGACUCCCACCGGGCACCCACAUAAUUGGAACACCGAAUCUUGUACUUAGACAACCCGGUGGUUUGCAGUUUCGCCGACCAAAUACUACUCGUGCUCAGGUUGAAGCUGUGACCAACAUGUAUUACGACAGAUAUUUGCACUGCGACAAUGUGUUUGCUCGCCGUCGCGUACAAAGGCGCAGGGACUUGCAUUUUGAACAUAUUGCGAGCCAGGAGCAAUUGAGAGCUGAACGCGCCGCCGCGCGGAAUAUAGAAAUGCUGAGGCUGAGGAAUACAAACCUCACUGAGGACAACGUCCAGACCAUGGUGCAAUUACUUAAUGGUCCACCAACAGAAGAAGCAUGGAUGAAUGCUGUUAUGGUUGCUAUUUCUCGUCAUUUGUUCUUGUCAGAACUGAUGUAUGCUGUGGCUGAUGAGAGUGCUCUCAUGCCCAAUGAGUUCCAGGCCGUGCGGCUUUUGCUUCGCAACUAUAUCGAGACAUUGCUUGAACGCUCCGGUUCAACUGAUGGGCAAAAUGCCUUUGAAGCAGUUGCUGACUUCCUCGUCAGUGAACAAACUCAAUUUAUUGAAGGCAUGCGCAACCUGACCAGACUGCGUGCUGACGUGGAUCCGUACACAUCCAUUCGAGCUUUAGUUCGCUCCCGUUUACCGGCCGUCAUCGCGUGCGUCAUGUCCGAGGCAAACACUGAAACGUUUGCUCUACGUUUCUACAGCGUCUUUUCACGUUUCUUCAUCGAUAUGUGCACACUGAUCUCCUAUUGCUGUGAGAAUGGCAUUGAUGGAUUACGCAUUAUUUAUAUGUCGUACUUGGAACAAGCAGUCCAAAACUAUGAUGGAUCAGUGCAAGAUUUGUUGCUCACUCUUAGUACUGGCAACUUGAACGGGAUUUUGCAAAAUAUGGACUCUCACAUGGAGGCAAUACAGCCAUUUAUUCGACGAACGGGAUCACUUGCUUUUAUAAAGCAUGCACGUCGUUUCGCUGAGCGCAACUUUGAACCACCGUUGCCAGUGGAGAUUCCCCUACCACCCACAUCGCAUAGCAGCGGAGAGUCGGCGCACAGCACUCCGCCUUCAACAUCUGCGCUCAAUUUGACCGUUUCACGCCGCUCGGACGAGAGGCCAGCUGGAACUACACCCCAAGUUGGGACUGCUGUCAGCUCUGCUCGUGCAUCGACAUCCUCUGCGAGAACAGAAACAGCGACCUCUAACAGUUCCGCGCCGAUAUAUCAUCAAGCUAACAAUUUUUCACACACUGCGUCGAAUUCGUCAAGGACUUCAAGGACUCAGAGGUCUGAAACAGUCACCACAUCGACUGAUGGUGCUCCCGAUUCACCAACUAAUAUGCGAUUUGUUCCUCCUGUGCUCAUUGUGCAGCACUGGGGCGAAGAGUGGGUGCCGGUGUUCACUCGCGACCAGAACAGGCAGAGGAACGACUCACAGGAAGCGUACAGUGACGCUUACUUGACAGGAAUGCCGUCUAGGAAACGCCGCUGUGUCAGGCAGAGCCGCCCAACCAAUACGCUUGAUGGCUUUAUGAAUGAAAGCUCCAAUGAGGCAAAUGUGGAGCCCCCUCAAACUGAGGAUAAUAAUACUAUUCGUCAUGCUCUACGAGAACACAUGCGAAAUAUGGCCCGUAACCGCGCCUCCGGUUCGGACGACUAUGAAUCCUCGCGGUUCUCCACUACUGCCAGAUUCGUCGACUCACCCGUGCCCAAUAAUCAGGAGCAGCCAGAUACCGAGAACAGGGAAAAUUCUUAAAUAUUGACGUUUUAGAUUAAAGAGACGACAGCCCUUAUAUUAACCACUGUAAUACAUUAAGGUUUUCGCUUGUCUUCUCUUACCAAGCUAUAAAUUUAAAAAAAAAGAAUAUUCGAUUAAUUAAAUGAAAUUUGAAACUGCUUAACUAUAUUAUUUAAUUUAAAAUUUGUCUAUUUAGUGGAGUAUCGUUAUAAAAAAUAAACUUAAAACCCUGGAAUCCACAGCCAAGAUUUUUGAAUAAAUAUUAAUAAAAGCUCCUGCAUAGCAUUACAAUAUCGUUACAACAGUAACAGUAACUUCAAUAUUACUUCAUGUUGAUUACCAAAAGCAAGAAAAGUGCUUAUUAUAUGAAGAUAUAUAGAUUAGAUAUCUUACGGCACUAAAUGCUGAUUAUUUUAUUUAAAGAUAUAAAACAAUAUUUUAAUCUCUACAUAUUUAGACUCUAGAUCUUAAUAUAUUUUAUUUUAAGAGACACUGCAAUUCAUUUAUUUUAAUAAAUAGUUGACUUGUUGUAUGAUGCCCAGUAAACAUUGAACCAAGCUAAAGACAUUCUUUUAAAGCAUAUAUUAUUCAAAUUUAUUUUUGUAAUCAUUUUGACAAGAUUGUAAUUUUAUUUGAAAUUCCGACUGAGUAAUGGUUAUUAUAUUUAUUUAUAUAAUUUAAAACAAAAGUCUCAUUCGAAUUUGAAAAUAUUUAACACAUUUUACGUUGUAACAGUAGAAUUAUAAUAGUACUCAAUUAAAUUCUGUUACACAGCUUGCAAAAUUUAUAUUUGUUUUAAAUUGCUAAUUUUGAAUGAAUUAAAUAUAACUUAUGAUCUUAUUGUUAUUAUAAUAUUAUAUAAACUAGUUAAGAUGAUUUAGUAGCGUACUUUAGUAUAUUUUAAUAUUUUCUUGAUUAGUGCUUGCUGGUCUGUUCAUCCACAACAUAGUUUGUUUGUACUUGCUUAUACUAUAAUUGUACGUUACAUCAUAUAUAGUGUAAGUUGUAUUGGAUUAACCACUGUAUUGGUGUUAAUAUUACUCUUAGAUGAGAACCCAGCAAAUGUGUACUGCUAAUUAGAAAAA